AGGUAGAAGCAAGAACUUGACUGCGGGCUUGGACUUCGACGCUUGGAGCCUUGCUUGGAGCGGACCCCAGGCCUCCCAUGUUAUUUACUACUACUGUAGUUUCUAGUGUGUGCUUGACCCGCCCAUACUACUCAGCCACGUAAAACGUCGUAGAAUUGCUAGGAUGAUGGCAUUGCAGUGCCCAAAUGGAUUUGAACGAACUCCAAUCUGUGGCUACUAUUCAUAUCAAUCGCAGUCCAACGAAUGAGUGUGUCCGCCCAUAUGAGGGUCCGGGUUGUUUGUGAGUGAGUAGUGGCUGGUGUUCGUCGAUAAGCAUCUUCGCCAUGCGAGUCUCUGUCCCUGGGCCCCAGGCUGUUGUGGGGUGGGGAGGGGCGAGGUUGUGGCUGAUGGUCUUGAUAGGGUCCCUCCGUCCUCCGUGGGGGGCCUCGAGCUCGCCCGAGUCCGAUUCGCUACCGUCCUCGUCGUUUUUAUGGCAAAUCCAGGCCACGCCCCCGUCCUACUUUUUCGGGACCAUUCACGUGCCGUACACGCGGGUCUGGGACGCCGUCCCAUCCAAUGCUAAGCAAGCUUUCAAGUAUUCCAAUCAGAUCUACUUCGAAUUGGAUCUGACGCAUCACGGCACCUUAACGGCCUUAUCGUAUUGCCAGCUUUUGCCGCCGAACCAACAUUUGUCCCAAGUCAUCCCGAGCGAGCUCUUCUUGCGGCUCAAGCAUCACUUGGCGUACGUGCGGCGCUCCAUUCAGCACUGGAUCACGCCAGAUCAGAUUGACCGUGGCCUCACGGCCGAUUACAUUUACGCCACUAUGACCUCCAAUUGGGAACGGAAGCAGCCCGUGUGGGUCAUGAUGAUGCUCAACUCGCUCACCAAGAGUGAUAUCGCCUCGCGAGGCAUCCCGGUGUUGGACUUGUUCCUCCAAAAUCAGGCCGAGAAAAAGGGUAAAAAGAUCGGCGCUAUCGAAAAAGUCCAGGAACAAUGUCAGCCCUUGAACCAGCUCAGUCAUGCCCAGGUUAUCAUUGCUCUGAAUCAAACCUUGACCGCUCAAGAGAAGCACCGGCUAGGUCUGACCUCGACGGAAGAAGAAUAUUCCACGGACAAUCUGAUCCGUCAAUACCGACGAGGCGAUUUCCAGCCGGAUUUCUUCAAUCGAGACACGUUUCAAAUCCCCAAGUUAAGCGGACGCCAAGACCUCAUGUCGUUACAUGACCAGAAGACGGUCCAAGAGAUUGACCGCUUUUUCCACGAUGAGCUCAUAUUAAAGCGGAACAAGCGCAUGGCUGCCCGCGUGAUCGACCUCUUGAUGAAUCAGCCCAACUCUUACUUCUUCGCUUUCGGGGCGGGUCACUUCUUGGGCAACGACAGCAUUCUGUCGUUCGUCAAAUCAGCUGGCUUCCAUGUGAAACGAAUCGAUCCCGACCAGACAUUGGACUUCAGCUAUGCCUUCUCGGCCUCGCCUAAUGCGAAAAAUAAGGUGCAAGGCACAUUCGACGACCUCCCGGAGCACGAGAAGAAACGCGCUCUCUUGAAGUUCAUUCAGUACCAUCAGCAACAAGAACGCGAAAACGAUACCCGACGCUUUGGAGAGAUGAUGGGAUCGGAAUCUCCCAUCACUCCCAACCCGCUCGAGGGUCCGGAGGCCGAAGAAGAGGCUCCAACUCCCAUUGGGAUCGAUGAAAAGGCCAUUGAAGAGUCGCUCAAGAUUUGGUACGGGAUCAAUGAGAGGAGCUUAGCACACAGCGGCAAGGAUAAAGCGCUUCCGAUGAUGAUCUCAGUCAUAUUGGGAGUCAUGGUGUUAGCUAGCGGGUCAUCGGAUAAGCUAUGAUUGGCUGGUUGUUCGCGCGCUCCAGAGGCUUUCAAGAAACAAAUACGUAUUAUUAUGUAGUAUUCUAAGCAAUAACCAUCUCCAGGAGAAAUUAACCUUUGCCAAUUGAACAGUUUUGUUUGUCAGAUCUCAUGUAAUAUACACCAUUUGUGCAACGA